AUGCUGUCACUUUUGUUCUUGCUGUUAGGAUUUCCUGUGAUUGUAGUAAUCCUCUUGAAGAAUCAUGGAGCCAAAAAGAAGCCAUCAGGACCUCAUCCACCAGGACCAAGAGGCCUUCCCAUCAUCGGUAAUCUUCACCAACUUGACAGUUCAAACCUGAAUUUUCAACUGUGGCAGUUCUCAGAGAUCUAUGGUCCCCUUUUCUCCCUCCAAAUUGGCUUCAAGCAGGCCAUUGUUGUUUCCUCUCCAAAACUAGCCAAGGUAGUCCUCAAAGACCAUGAUCGUGAUGUUUGCACCAGACCUCCCUCGCAUGGCCCUCUAAAAUUGACUUACAAUGGGCAAGAGAUGAUUUUCUCUCCCUACAACGACUACUGGAGAGAAAUUAGAAAAAUCUUGGUGGUCCAUUUCUUCAGCUCCAAACGGAUCUCCACCUUCUCCAAUGUGAGAAAAUCGGAGGUCAAGCAAAUGGUGGAGAUUGUAUCUGGCCACGUUCGUUAUUCCAAAGUAACCAACUUGAGUGAAGUCCUAAUGUCGAUCACAAGCGGUAUUACUUGUAGGAUUGCAUUUGGGAGGAAGUACGAUGGGGAAGGAGCUGAGAGAAGCAGGUUCCAUGGGAUGCUCAAUGACUCACAGGCUAUGUUGCUUUCCUUUUUUGUCUCAGAUUACAUUCCCUUCUUGGGGUGGAUUGAUAAACUCACCGGCAUGCUUGGCCGUCUUGAAAAAACUUUCAAGGCCCUGGAUGUGUUCUUCCAAGAAGUCGUUGACGACCACCUCGAUCCUAAUAGGGUCAAACAAAAUGAAGAGGAUGAUGAUAUUGUUGAUGUGUUGCUUGAGCUUAAGAAGCAGGGUCGCUUGGCAAUAGAUCUCACCCAUGAUCAAAUCAAAGCUAUCAUCUUGGACAUACUAGUAGCAGGUACCGACACAACGGCAGCUACAUCCGUGUGGGCGAUGACUGGAUUGAUGAAGAACCCAAGAGCAAUGGCAAAAGCCCAAGAGGAAAUUAGAAAUGUGUGUGGCAAGAAGGAGUUCAUAGAGGAAGAGGAUGUUGCAAAGCUUAUGUAUCUGCAGGCAGUGAUUAAAGAAACUCUAAGGUUUUAUGCGCCAGCACCACUGAUACCAAGAGAAGCCAUUAGAAGUUUCACAGUAGAAGGAUAUGAAAUAGAACCCAAGACAAUAGUAUAUGUGAAUAGUUGGGCCAUUCAGAGAGACCCUGAAGUUUGGAAAGACCCAGAAGAGUUUCGGCCAGAGAGGUUCUUGAACAAUGAGAUAGAUUUUAAGGGACAAGAUUUUGAAUUUAUUCCGUUCGGUGCAGGGCGUAGAAUUUGUCCUGGCGUGUCACUGGGAAUGGCAACGGUGGAGCUCAUAACUGCAAAUCUUCUUAACUCAUUCAACUGGGAAAUGCCCCAAGGGAUGAAACCUGAACACAUAGACACAGAGGGGUUGCCAGGACUUGCGCGACACAAGAAGAACCAUCUCGUACUUGUUGCCAACAAACCUAUGUGA